AUGAGUGAAAGAGAGGUGGCCGAGAGUCCUCAUGAGAGUACGCAUGAGAGCUCGAUGGAGAUUUCUUCUCCUGAAGGAGAACUAUUAAAAAGACUGGAUAGGGUGGAGAAUAAACUACAGAGGCUGGUGGAGGAUGAGGAGAAAAAUCGAUUGGAAAAGGUAGUUACUAGGAGAAUAGAUAACAUGGGAGAACAAGUUAUGAAUAUGGUUAGGGAAGAAUUUAAGAGAAUGAGUGAGGGUAUCUCGUUGGGGGAGGAGGUGGUACGAAUGGAGCGUGUUUGUGAGAAUGUUGGUGAGAAAGUCGAGAAAGUAGGAGAGGAGGUUGUGAAAGUUGAGCGGGUGUGUGAAAAUGUAAGUGAAAAAGUGGAAAAAGUUGUAAGUGCGGUGAAUGUUGUUGAGAAUGUGGCGAAAACGGUGACGGAUAGUGCUAAAACUGAUGGGAACACACAAGAGGGAGAGUGGCUGAAGGUGGUAAAAUAUGGCAAGAAGGGUCCAAGAGUACGCCUAGAAAUGCCUGGUGGUGAUUCUAAGUUGAGCAAAGAGGAGGUGGUGGCUUGCUUAGAUGCCAAGCAGGGGGACGUACGAGUAAGGGGGUUGAUAAAAAGAGGGAAUGAUUAUGUUAUUGAAGUACAUGAUAGAACAGAUCUAGAGAAAUUGAGACAGAAUGAAAGAUUGAAAGAGAAAGGGGUGAUUGUCGAUGGUGAAAAAGGAUGGCGAAUGCCACGAGUGAAAGUGUUUGAUGUGCAGAACGAGAUAGGGAAGAAUGAUCUUUUAGAGUGCGUGUAUAGGAGAAAUGUGAUUUUGUUUGAUGGAAUGACUAUGGAUGAAUGUAAGAGCGAGUUUGUGCCAGAAUAUAUGAUGAAUAAGAAGGAUGCAGUGAGUGAUUGGGUUGUGCGGGUGAGUGCAAGCGAAACCACGGCCAAGGGAACGGGCUUGGAAGAAUCAGCGGGGAAAGAAGACCCUGUUGAGCUUGACUCUAGUCUGGUACUGUAA